CCAUACGAUUAGUCGUAGUGUAGUCGCCAGUCGGUCAGCGGCUAUGUUAAGUGCUCAACGUUGUAACUUUACUAAGGAUUUCAGUUAACAUUAUUUACUAUUAUAAUUUAUAUUAUGUAUCGUGCGUAAAUAAUCAACCAUUGUCUCGUUUUAACCUGAUAUCGCUAUAAUGGCUUCGUCGAGUUCAUCGUCGCCGUUGGAAGACUUGGAAACUCAGUUGGAAAUGUUUGUAGAAAAUGUGCGGCAAAUACGAAUCAUAGUGGCCGAUUUUCAACCCCAAGGGCAGACCGUUCUAAAUCAAAAAAUUCAAAAUGCCGUCAGUGGUUUACAAGAAAUUAAUAAACUGAAAUCCAAUGUACAAGACAUUCAUGUGCCUUUGGAAGUAUUUGAGUACAUUGAUAGAGGACGUAAUCCUCAGCUUUAUACCAAAGACUGUAUUGAGAAAGCCUUACAUAAAAAUGAACAGGUCAAAGGAAAAAUUGAUGCUUUAAAAAAAUUCAAAGCCAAUGUACUCACAGACUUGGGGCAAACAUUCCCUAAUGAACUUAAUAAGUAUAGAGCAUUGCGUAGCAAUUGUUAUGGAGGACCAAAUUCUCAACAGCAACAGCAAAACUUACUUGGAGGAUCAAGUUUAUCAAUUCAACAACAGCAGCAACAACUAAACAACGCUUCUUCCUUGUCAUCUGCAUCUUCUUGCUUAACUAACUCUCAACAGCAAUCAAUUUCUCCAAAUAUUACGUCAUUAUUAGGCUGUGAUGGCGUAUCCACUGUAUCUGCUGGCAGUAACAGUAACAAUAUUGGGGGCCCUCCAGGUACCUAGUAUUAAAUGUUUGUACCUUUUAAACUAUGUAUUGUAAUUAAUAAUUUCAAGAUUUGAGAUCUUAAAUUGUGUUUUUGUGAAUUAUAAAACUUACUCAUUAAUUAUUUUUUACCAAUAAUGUUGGUAAAAAUAAUAAUGAGUAGGGAAUAAUAUUGAUAAAUUUAGUAUUUUUUAUAUCAAUCUUAAUUUCUUAACUUUUUCAUAGAUAUUAAUUAGUUUAAUUGAAUAACUAUUAUAGAUUAACAAUGUAUAAAUUGUAUUGUAUCACAUUUUUCUUCUUAUUACUUUAAGAUUAUUUAAACAUUAUUCUAAUUAGUGAUAAUUAUAAUUGAAUUGUUGUAAACAUAACACAACUAUAUAAAUUAUUAUUAUUUUAUU